UCAGAAUAAUUUUUUUAUCCAACAUGCUCUGGUUUCUUUUGCUGUUCUGUGGCUUGUCUUUGGCUGAGGAGGGUGUGAAUGAUCCUGAAACACAGUCAUGCUUUCCUGACGUGUAAUCUCUUUAAAGAGGUUGGUGCCAUGUCAGAAAAAAUCAGAUCUUUGGAAACCAGGCUGCAGGAAAGUGAAACCAGGCUGCAGGUCAGUGAAACCAGGCUGCAGGUCAGUGAAACCAGGCUGCAGAACAUUGAAACCAAGCUGCAGAACAUUGAAACCAGGCUGCAGAACAUUGAAACCAAGCUGCAGAACAGUGAAAGUCACAUUCUGGAACUGAAGAAUAAAGAACGAACCAAGGUGAUCUUCAGUACAGCGGUAGGAGAAGGAGAAAAACACAUUGGACCUUUCACCACAGACACAACUUUAAUCUACAAAACAGUGAUUACAAACAUUGGAAACGGCUACAAUGCAGCCACAGGUAUCUUCACUGCACCUGUUGCAGGUGUUUAUUACUUCAUAAUCUUUUUUCAAGCUGGAUGGAAACAUAAGACAUCUCUGCAUCUCUACAAGAACUCUGAGGUGAAACUCUCUACCUUUGAUGAAGAUACAGUGACCAACAGAAGUGAUAAUGGAGGAAACGCAGGGUAUUUUCAUCUACAGCGAGGAGACCAGGUGUAUGUGCGCUUGUCACAAAAUUGUUUGGGGAAGCGACUAUUAUACGACUUUUAGUGGUUCUUUGGUCACUCAAAUGUGAGAAUCAAUACUCUAAUUUUCCGACUUAAAUGUGUCUAUUACCAUUAUCUAUAAAUGUUCUGUUAAUUAUCAAAUAGAAAUUCUGAUUUUGAGAUUAGCUUCAUUUAAUUAAUUAAAAGUUAAUGAAAUCAGAAAUUGCUUGCCCAAUCACAUUGGUUGGUUGUAGAGUUGACGUGACUCAGGUUUUGCGAAUCAAAACGCAGGAUGGUCCAACAUGGUCCUUGUUACUCUUCCUAUCAUACCUGACUUUCUUUCUUGAAAUAAUUGUCAUUUUAUUGAAAAGAUGCUUGAAUUAAACAAUAAACAUACUAAAGACAAGAUUAAAUUUGCCUGGUGAGACAAAUCUCUCUGCAUUGCACAACAAAGACAAAAAAAUUCCAAUAACUGUUAUAUCAUUUUUUUUAUUGCUGCUAUUGAGCCUUACCUAUAUAAAGACAGACCCCAGACCCCAGUUUCCUCACAAACAGACCCCAGUCUGUGCGGGUGGGCAACAACACGUCCAGUGUCAUCUCCCUGAGCACCGGC